AAGAAAAAAUGGCUUCCCAAACUUUUCACCACACUCGCUGUAACAGCUUCCCCCUUCCAUCUAGACCAAACCCAUUUAUUUCACAGAUUGAUGAGCAUUUGAACAGAUUCAGGGCUUCUGAUGCCACAUCUACCUCAUCGUCAUCAAUAAGCCACAAACUAAAUGGCUUUAAAGAUUUGUACGAUUGUGUUGACAAGUUGCUUCAGCUGCCUUCAUCCCAGCAAGCUUUAGCCCAAGAACAACAUAAGGAAUGCGUUAAUGAGUUGUUGGAUGGCACUCUUAGGCUCCUAGAACUCUGCAGCACUGCUAAGGAUGUUGUGCUGCAAACAAAAGAAAUCUCAAAUGAACUUCAAUCAGUUUUGCGUAGAAGGAAGAGUGGCGAAAUUGAGCUUGUAAGUGAGGUGAGGAAGUACAUAACCUCCAGGAAAGUUGUCAAAAAGACCAUCCACAAAGCAUUGGGAAAUUUGAAGGCCAUACAAAGAAAACACGUUUUCUCUCCUUCAGAAGAUCAUGAGACAAAGGCCAUUGUUAGCAUUCUUCGGGAGGUUGAAGAAGUCACUUCUUCCAUGUUUGAGCAUUUGUUAUCUCUGAUCUCGAGGCCAGAGCCUGGAAGUUUGUCAUUAGUUUCGAAACUAUGGCAUCACAAAAAAGUAGCAUGUGAGGAUGCAGGAAGAGAAGUAAAUGAAUUUGAAAAGGUUGAUGCUGCUUUAAAAUUCUUUGCGGGUCAGAAGAAUAGCAAAUCUGAGAACAUCAUGAGUGUUGAGAUGAAAAACCUGCUAAAAGACUUGGAGCUGUUUAUUCAAGAUCUUGAAGAUGGACUCGAGUGCCUCUUCAGGUGUAUGAUCAAAGCUAGAGUCUCCCUUCUCAACAUCCUUACUCCAUAGAAAACUUUGAUUACCU